GUUCGCCUUCCACGGAUGAGCUCCAGGAGGAAGCUUCUACCGAGAGAGCUCCGAAGGUUCGCCAUGCCUCUUCCUUGGCGAACUGGGCUCCGACGUUGGAGGAAGUGGUGCCCGUCAUUGACACGCAUGACCCCUCACGGCAGCAGCGCUACAUAGCCAAGCUCCAGGACAGCUUGGCCGAAGAGUUAGCCAUCGCCAUGGGCGUGGACCCCGAGGACACUGGCAUGGAUGGUGCAUCGCUAGCGUAA